AUGGAUCGUGCUGGUGGUGAAAAUCUAGCAGCCAGUCCCUCUGUUUCUCGAGCCUCGCUCCCCUCCCCUGCACCUCGAAUGCGCCGCCUCCUUCCCUCCCUCUCCCCUGCUCUCCACUGCGCCUCAUCCUCCCCUUCGCUUCUUUCUAAGGCGGCGGUGGCCUACAGGCAAAGGGCAACGGCGACGACACUCGAUUUGAUCUGCAUGAGAAAGAGAAGAAGAUAGGGAGAGAGAUAACGGAGGAGAGGAGGGAGAAAGAGAGAGGAAAGAGGAGAUGGAGGUGCCGCGGCGGAUGGGAGAGGGUCACCGGAAGGAGCGCCGCUGGCUCGUCAUCAUCACGCUGGAGGAGAGAUGCCUCUGUACAUCCCUCACACCAGCAGGUCGCCGAGGAGGAUCUGCCACCGGAUCCGCGCAGUUGAGGGUGAGGAGGAUGGAGGUGAAGGAAGCAGCAGCAAGGAUGGUGGCUGCUGAUGGGGGAGGGGGCGACGUCGCGCUUCUCGCCACCUCCACAUCCUCGUCGCCCAGUAGUCCGUUGCUCCUUGUCUUGCAACUCCAGCGACAACAGUUCGUCUCGGUGAUCCUUCUGCUCCUCCCGCUUCUCUCCUUCCAUACUAAAUAGCUCACCAAAUUAGUCUGAACAUAGCAAGGUAAAAAAAAAGGGCAUACAUUCUCAUUUUUCUUCACUGUAUUUUUUCUUGUUCAUACCUGCAGAAAAAAUGGUGGCAGUGAUGAUUGAUUUAAGUAUCAUGUUUGCUUAUAUGGAAAUAGGGGAUUUACUUCCGAUGAUGUGGGUAGUGGUGGUCUUCUCUUCACUCUCGUGUUUCAUAAAUUUUCCCCUUGGACACCCACUUAUCUGAAAUAUGUGUCUUACCAAUUUGAUGCUGGUUCACCUGCAGGUUCAGUGAGUAGGGAACAUGUAUAAUGACUACUGUUGAUCUUUGUAUUGCGAGACAAUGCUUUCCAGCUUGAUGAGAUAUGGUCAUUCUUAAAAGGUACUCCCUCCGUUCGGAAUUACUUGUUUCGGAAAUGGAUGUAUCUAGAACUAAAAUACGUCUAGAUACAUCCAUUUCUGCGACAAGUAAUUCCGAACGGAGGGAGUAGAUCUAUUACAUAUUGAUUGAAAAUGGUGUAGGUGUGCUCUUCUGUGACCACCUGAUGUGAUGUGAUGUUUAUUUUAUUUUAUUUUUCAUUGCAAAGUUAUUGUAUAUAGGAUAAGGAAGAACUUUUGGAGACUAAUGUUUAUAUUACUUCCCAUUGUGUUG